UCUUCAUAAGAAAAUUCACGUCUCUAUCCUAAUCGCUUCCUCAAGUUUCACCCGCAAUCUUUGCGUCUCUGUCCGCUCUUGAAUCUUCAUCGUAUUCACCAUCAUUUAGUUCUCUCAAUUCCCAAACUCCAAAUCUUUGGUAUUUUGUUCUUUUGCUCGGCAUAAAGAUUGGUUUUUGGCGUGUUUUUCACAGACCCAUUUUUGGAUAUCACUCUAUUUUGGCUUGUUUUAGGGGAUUUUGCAGAGUUUUUGAAAAUGAAUUCUGGGUUUCUAUAGUAAAAGUUCAAUCUAUGGUAGGCAUUUGUUUCCUUCAAUCUUUCUCAGUUGUGUUUCUUUAUCAUUUUUAUACGUUUUCAUGAAAACCCCCGUACACACUACAUUCUAAUCUAUCUUAAUCUUCAACUCCGAUUCCAUUUUCUCUGGAAAAAAAGGGAUUUUUCCAGCUAACCCCAUCAGAAAUUCAAUCUGUUUUAGUUUAGUUUAAGAAAAAGUAGAGAAAAUGUCUAGUACGAGGCAGAGUUGGAGCAGCUCUGGGUCAGAGAAUGAUCAAAGAUAUGCAGGGAUAGAUGAGAAGAAGAGGAAGAGGAUGAUAUCGAACCGCGAAUCGGCGAGGAGGUCGAGGAUGAAGAAACAGAAGCGCGUGCAAGAGCUGACUGAGGAAGUGGGGAGAUUGCAGGCUGCAAACAGUGGCAUUGCAGGGAGGAUAGAGGAGAUGAGCAAGAAGUAUGAAGUUAUGGCUACUGAGAAGAGUGUUCUGAGAGCCCAAGAAGCUGAGUUGAGUGAAAGGCUUAAGUACUUGAAUGAUGUGAUGAAGAAUAGUGGAGUGGGUGAUUCUGAUAAUGCUGCUGCAGACCCUUUGCUGAAUCCAUGGCAGAUUUUGUUCCCAAAGCUUCCCAUUCCUGCUUCUUCUGGCUUGUUCAAAUUCUGACACUCUUUGUUCAUCUCCCCCGGACAGGGAGGGCUACAUGAAUCCUAAUAUGGCAGAACAUCAUUGGAGAUGCUGUAAGGUUUAUCCUCUUUCUAAUGGAAGUUGUGUGGUGAGAGACAUUGAAAUAGCGCAAUGAAUCCAAUGAUGGAGCGUCUGGAUGCACGUUUAGCUGCCAUUGCCCAUUGCUGUCUUCGUUUGGCCUUCAGUCAGUAGGAAUAUGGAGAACAGAACAAAUUGCAACAGUUGUUUCUUUGAAAAUGUAGCAUUCUUGAGUUGAUUCCAAACUUUUCUCC